CCGGGUCAGUUUCUUCCGACUCGACCUGGUACGAGCAGACACAAUGGCAACGUUUUUGGCACCAGUACUUCUAGUCGCGAUACUCGGCGCCGUCAGCAAUGCUGCUAGGCAACCCUUAACACUUCCUUCGAGUUUCCCACGAUGCGUCUUGAAGCAAGCCGACUAUGAAACCUGCCUUAAUAACGCUGUCCAAGUUUCAAUGCGCGCUCUGGCCGAUGGUUUGCCAUCAUUGGGCAUGCUGCCUAUUGACCCGAUGCUGGUCACCGAGAUGAAUUUGAUGCACGGCACCGGUCCGGUCAACGUUGAUCUCAUAUUCAAAAACACUACUCUUUUCGGGCUGAAAGACGCCAAAUCGCUGAAAGUCUCAAACGAUAUUUUGGCUGGCGGUGCUAACAUGCGUGGCGAACUGCUGAUUCCGCGCCUCAACCUGAUGGCCGACUACUCGAUCAAAGGCAAAAUCCUGUUGCUGCCGAUCCACGGCGACGGAAUGGCCAACAUCACCUUGGCUCACUUGAAGGCAACGUAUGAGAUGGAGAACGAAUUCUACAAGAAAAAGAACGGCCAGCAGCACAUCAGGGUCAAAGAGUUCAAACUGAAACUGCGACCCGGAAAGACGCACACAAACUUCGCAAAUCUCUUCAACGGUGACAAACGAUUAAGUGACCAGAUGAACAUGAUUUUGAAUGAUCAUGCAGAUGACAUUUGGGGCGAACUUAGUCCCACCAUUGAGGCAACUUUUGGCGAAAUCUGCAAACAACUCGCGAACCGACUCUUUUCACUGGUGCCUUACAAGAAUAUCUUCCCUCUGGAAGAAACCACUUCAUCUGAGGUUGUUGACAAUGAAUCGCCAGCGCGCCUGAUGAGUUUUCUUUUGAACACACCAACCACUUGCAAACCAACCAUGGUCCGAGACGCAAUGCACCUCAUCGUCCUUCUAUGCUUCGUCUCUUUGGCGACUGCGGCCCGAACACCAAAUCUUCCCUCGUCUUUUCCUCGCUGCAAAGUAGGCAUCCCUAAGGAGGAAUACAGCGAGUGCCUGAACGCGGCGGUGCAGAAGGCCUUCCACAUCAUCUCAACCAAAGGCAUCCCCAGUCUAGGCGUGUUCCCAGCAGACCCGCUGCAGGUGUCAGAGAUCGGGAUCGCCGAAGGUGGACGCGCCGUGCGGUUGCAACUGACCCUCAGCAAGGCCAGACUGCAAGGUUUCAAUAGCACGAGGCUGCUUAGCAGCAGCAACGACAUCGCCGACGGAGGUUCAACUUUGAGGGCUGAGAUUCUAGUUCCGCGCCUCGAGAUCAUCUCCUUGUACGAAAUCAAGGGACAAAUACUACUGCUGCCCAUCAGUGGCAAAGGCGACAGCAGCAUCACUCUCGGAAAUUUAAACGUAGUAAUAAAAAUUGAAAACGACAUUGAAGAACGAAAUGGAGAAGAGUAUUUCAAUGUUCGGAAGUUCAAAAUCAUCCUAAAGCCAGAAACGAUUAGCAUGAACUUUGAGAAUUUGUUCAACGGAGAUCCUGUUUUGGGAACUCAUAUGAAUAGAUUCAUGAACGAUAACUCGGUGGAAAUUUUCGGCGAGCUGAGAAACUCCAUCCAGGAUGCAUUUUCCGAGAUCUUCUUGCAACUCACCAAACGUAUUUUCGAUCAAGUACCUUACAAGAAAGUUUUCCUCCACUAAUAUCCGCAUUUAUAUUGAUUAAAAGUAGAAUAAAAAUUAUUGCAUUUUAUUUUUAA